CGGUGUAGUACGCGUGGGGGGUUCGACGAAUAUUUCUCAGGAACUUCGGGGAGACCGGGGGUGUUGUUCUGUCUCCUGCUUCGCGGCGCUAAGUGUUACCGCCAGUAAAUAAGAGAAAGAAAAAAGAAACCCUCGUCGACGUUAAACUACAUUAAAUCUGUUUCACGUGAAACAACUCGUAGAUUCGUAUCGCAAUCUCCGGUUAUCUCUCUGUCUGCUGCUGCUGCUGUCGCCGGGUCAGGCGGCGGCGGGGUCGGAGGGGGGGCUAAAGGCACCCCUUGUCCUGGCUGCACCCUUUGCCUGCACGCAAUCAUGGCUGCCUAGCGCGGGGCGCGUAUUGACCAAUUUUCCCGUAUGACUUUUAAGUCGAAAUCCUUGGCGUGUGGCUCGUAGGGCGUGUCUAUUAACCCCGGCAUCCAAAUCACCCUGGGAAGCUGGUGUUAAGGCAUGUAGGCGACGAGAGUACAGAUCAGAACAACAACAUCACCAUGACUAGUGUCGAUUUGUUGCAGCCCGGCCAUGUGGUCAAAGAACGAUGGAAAGUUCUGAAGAAAAUAGGUGGUGGUGGGUUUGGUGAAAUCUACGAGGGUCUAGAUUUGGUCACGAAGGAACAAGUUGCUCUGAAAGUAGAAUCUGCACGCCAGCCGAAGCAAGUUCUUAAAAUGGAAGUGGCCGUUCUUAAAAAGUUGCAAGGUAGAGAACACGUUUGUCGAUUCAUAGGAUGCGGUCGUAAUGACAGAUUUAAUUAUGUAGUGAUGCAGUUACAAGGAAGAAAUCUAGCUGAACUACGACGAGCACAGCCCAAAGGUGCAUUUUCGCUUUCCACAACGUUGCGAUUGGGCUUGCAGAUACUGAAAGCCAUUGAGAGCAUUCAUCAAGUGGGCUUCCUACAUAGAGACAUUAAACCAUCUAAUUUUUCAAUUGGUCGUCAUCCUUACACGUCGAGGCGCGUAUAUAUGUUGGACUUCGGCUUGGCACGACAAUUCACUACCGGCACAGGAGAAGUUCGUGCUCCGCGCGUGGCAGCUGGAUUCAGGGGAACUGUGAGAUAUGCUUCCGUUAAUGCCCACAGGAACAAAGAGAUGGGAAGGCACGAUGAUUUGUGGUCACUUUUCUACAUGCUGGUUGAGUUCGUCAACGGGCAACUACCCUGGCGUAAAAUAAAAGAUAAAGAACAGGUCGGUCUUAUGAAAGAAAAAUACGACCAUACUCUUCUUCUCAGGCACCUUCCUUCUGAUCUCCGUGUUUUCUUGGAACACAUCCAGAGUCUGGAAUACGUAGACAAACCAAAUUAUUCAAUGCUGGCUGGUUUGUUCGAUCGCUGUAUGAAACGUAGAGGCGUGAAAGAAAAAGACCCUUAUGAUUGGGAAAAACCCGGGAUAGCAGAACAAAACUUACCAUCCACUAGAUCUUUGCCUACUGCGACAAUCCCACCAGCACCUCCUACGGCUGCAACAACUAAUCAGGCACCGACAAUACCAAACCUUGACACAAAUAAUCAAGAAAACAUGGAACCAGAUAAUAGAAAGGAGCUGGAUGCUCAAUUUGACUAUGAAAGUGCGUAUAGAAAAAUACGGCAACGAGGAAUUGAGGAAUCAACAGUUUCAUUAAUUCCAGCCCUUAGCAAUCUGGGUAUUAGAGAUAAAAAUUGCAAUGCUACAAUACCAGUGACAGACAACACACAUCAACAAGAUGCUCAACAGGCAGCUGUUACGUCUCCAGUACAAGGCUCAAUAUGGAAGAGGCGAGCGGUAUCCAUGGCUGUCGAACCACAAGUACAAGCAACUCCUACAGAAAAACAAGUGGACAAUGAAGGAGAUGCGUUAAUGACAUCUGCUCGUUCCGCUUCUGAAGUUCCUCGUCCCAAAAAUGUUGCCAAUACUUCCACUCCACUUCGAAAAUCCGCUAGCGGUGCUACUUUUGCUUGCUUGAGAGUUCAAGUUCAAGAACUUGGGAAUCAGGGUACUCCGGAAACAGCACCGGGUGAUGCUACUACUCCUAGGAUACAAACUGAAGUAGAUGCAUCGUACUGUUCGUACGACGGAACUCAUGUUAAACAAGUGGGAAACCAAAGUCCCGUGACUGAGCAAAGAGAACCUCUGCGAAGAGAGCCAAGAAGACGGACAGAUGGUAGACAAUCAAAUAGAGGGGGUCGUGCAGCAACACGCGAUUGUUCAAUAACGCAAUUUGCGCAAAUAGACGACGACAAUGUUUCAGCACUGCAGCAAGUAACUAGAGGCGGUGGAGGAUUAACGCUUGCCUCACAGUGGAAAUCACAGUUUGAUGAUUCAGAGGAAACUGACAAUGAAUGGAAAGGAGAAAAUUUACAAAGUCCCGAGCACAAGGGCACUAAUCCACCCUCUUUAGUUCCUCAGUUGAGUAAGAAGACAAAUGUGCAGUCCACAGCUGUUAGUGAAGUCGUAGCUACUGCUACAGUGACAGGGGGUUCUCAGGACACAAAAGUCCAAGCUACGCCAGCAGCAUCUGUCACACCAGCAACGACUCAACAGCAGAUUGCACUCACAGGACAAGCAGCUUUAUCUAGAAUCAGUGAAGAUUCACCACGGCCUCCAGCACCUCACAGAUGUCUAAAUAUUGCCGGGAUUGAAAAAUAUCCAGAACUUCAAGGAGCAUUGCCUCGUGCUUGGAGUAUGCCGGUGAUGGCAUGCAAUAUCCGUUAUGACUUAGAAGCACCAUUGGUGCAACAAGCAGCAUUCGAUGAUCUAUUGUACGAGGUUGAUGUGAUGAGAAAUAUUGCAGCACGUCGCGAUGAUCCGAAAGAAAUUAUACCAGUUCGAAGGGCUAGUGUACCAGCAGUUACGUUUUCACCGCCAAACACAGUGCCAACCACGCCAGGUGCUGACGACGAAGAACAAGCAGUUGCUGGAAGGCUUGAAAUCAGGGUCGUAGAUGCAACGGGAGGGGCCACAAUCGUACAAACGAGAGCUGACAAGGAACCUUUACAAAAAAAAUUAACAAAUGGCACAGCCGGCAGUCCAGCCAGUCCAAAUCCAGGACCUGAAGAUCCAUCUAUAUAUUUUGACGCAGCAGAAAAUCACGCAGCUAUUAAUAAUAUUUCGAAUGGAGGCGCUUCUGCGGCUACCACAUCAAAUACCUUACCCAAUGCUGUUUCGGUUCGAGAACUUAAAGAAAUUAAGGAGAAAGAAAUAGAAAUAGAAAAAGAGAUAGAGACAGAAAAAGAUAAGGAUGUUGAGAAAGAGAAGGAAAAGAAGAGAGCGAAGGAAAGGGAAAAGGCAAAAGAAAAAGAAACUCCAAGUAGACCACAUAGUACACAUAGCAAGAUUCCAGUGCCAGUGAAAAGUCCACGAUGUUCUUUGUCCGAACCCACACCUGAGUCAAAUAAUACAGUAAAUACUACGAAAUCCGGAACUGGGAGUGAUAUGGAAAAACCUUCUGUGGGAAGUCAACAUAAAGAGAAAGAUAGUGCAAACAAAGGUAAACCUUUGAUAGUACCUGCAGAAGCUCCGGCACUCCGUCGAUGUGUAACGUUGCCUGACGCACGGCCAACCCAGACUCUCUUAACUUCCGCAAGUUCAACUGAUGAAGAAAACCUGACUGGUUGUACACCUGCGCUUCGUCGUCGAAGGCUGAGUGAGAAAUACGUCACUGAUGCUAGUCAACUCAAUCUGCACUUUCAAAGACCUCAACAUAGACCCAGACCAAUUUCUGAGAUAUUACCACACAUGCAACUAUAUGCUAGAGGUGUGCCAUCGUAUUUACUAGGGGAGGGUGGAAAGCGAAGUGAAGAAAGCAGUGAUAAUGAAUCCGACCAUAGUGGACCUCCAAAUGCUCAACCACCGCCACCACCCACCUCACUGCCUCCUCAUGGGGCUGAAAAUAAUGCUAGGUGUCGCAGGUACAGGCCAGUACCAGAUACGACGGUAGUCAGCAGAAAGUCGUGAGGUUCACUUGAUAAAACGCGGAAUUCCUCAUGUACAUCAAGAAUGGCAAUGUUGUACCCAUGGUCAACCAGGAAUGUGAUACCUUAUUAGAUUAAAAACAAAGCCUAAAUAUUUUCUAGCAGUUGACAUUAGAUCAGUCUCAAGGCUCCGGGGAAUAUCGACGAAAGGCAAAUCGCAAUGUAACAUUAUGUUACAUCGGAUUGCAAAUAUGGCAGUGUAAUGCGUCAUAAUCUCAAGGUAUAUAUUUUAUCUUAUUUCCGUCGCGUUUGGAGACAGCAAGCGCCGUUAGUAUUGUUUCAGGAAGGUAAAACAUUUAUCUUUCAAAUUUUUAUGAAGAAAAAUACGAAAGAAUUUAAGUGUUUUGAAUACAACUGUAAGUGAACUUCUCUUCAGUGUAUAAAUAGUGAAAAAUGUAAACUAAGUUUAUUGCAUAAUCGAAUCACAGUAAAUCUGAGUCACACUCAGCUGGUAAAUGUCUUUGUGGAUGAAAUAGGUGAAAUUUGCAGUAUAGUGGCAUCACAGUAUGAAAAGUGAUUUGCUUUACGUGCAAUUCUGCUAAUUGGGAAUGUGUAUAUAUGAUAUUUAGUGGUGACUGACCUCCAGUACCACGUGGCAGCUAUUUUUGAUUUCAUUUACGUUUAUAGGUCCACUGCAUAAAAUACAUGAUAUUCGAGGGGGAGAAAAAGAAACUGAUGUAACAGAAAUAUAAGUGGUAUCUAUGAUGAAUUUUAUUUAACAUUUUUUCAAUCUUUACAGUUUAUUUAACUGUACAGAUGUAUAUUACUUUUACACUUUUUAGAUUUCAUUAAUUUAUGAACGCAUUAUAAUUCCGUCAUCAACUUCAGUGAAUAUUUAUAUGAGAAUUAUGCUUCAUUUCACAUAGUAUACUAUCACGUAUUCUAUUUAGACAUUACUUAAAAAAAUUCGUUUCUCGUAAAACUCAUUAUUACCACUCGAUGUAGCUAGCGAUUGGUCGAGUACAUAUUUGAAUAAUCGGAGCAUUUAGAUCAAUGCACAUUGUACAUAUUUCCACUGUACGGAAACGAUUAAUACACUGAAUAAGAGUCCACUGUCUGAGAGGGUGUGACAGACAGUAUUACAUGGAGAAACAAUAACACAUAUAUUUUUCUUCACUUCACAUACUUGAUCCAUGAUAUGACGUGGCCUGUCUAUAAGUAUCCGAAGAGUAUAAAAAUCCAAAGAGUGAUAGGGAUAUUAGGAAAAAAGACAAAAAACCACCAAAAAAAUUAAUUAAAAUGAAUUGAUAGAUAGUAUUACUACCGUACGAUAAAAGUUAAACUGCUCGUACCUUUGUUACGGGUGCACUUAUUCGAAUAAUUUCCUUUAUUACGGAUAUCAAUGAAACCAAUAGCAAAUUGUCCAGAAAUGUAAUAAUCCAAGAGACCAUUGAAUCGUAGGGUAAAGCUCUUAACACAUGAAUUAGAUCUGAAAUAAAAAAAUUUCAGCUAGUGGACACACACACGGUAGCUAGUUCCAUAAUUGAAUCUGGUAUCUGUCGCACUUGGCUUUAUACUCUUAGCGCCCCCUUCCUCUCCACCCCAGCAUAAGAAAUAUAGGGGGAAAUGUUGUAGUAAAUAAUUUUAGAAUAUUUAUCGGACCUGGACGAGUGUGCUAGUCUUGGCAAAACCCACCGUUCAGAUUUAUUGGAAUUAAACGGUUAUUAAAUAGUGUAAAGUUUGGAUCAAAACUUGUAACGAAAGCACAACCGUACAUGUCUGUUCAUACAGUGAGCUGUGAGCUAGAGAUCUGAGUCCAUGCAUUUUAUGUUUGAGAAAUGGUGUGCUAAUUGUACUGUACAUAAUUUUUAGAACUACAAAAUUUUCUAUCAGUCAAAUAGAUGUUUCCCGGUUGAACGAGCAUAGACGGAAAUGAACUAUAGUAUUAAAUACACCAAUUUAGAAAAUGCUUCAAGUGAUACUGCAUAAAUUGUCACGAAAGUGUAGAAAGAUAUUUUUCUUGACUUAUAAAGUAAAGAUAGUAAUUAAAAUGUCCAUAAACCUUCUUGAUCUCGC